CUCUCCAACGUUUACAUUUCCAACAUCAUGAUGGUGAGUCAAGAUGGCUGUGGGAUAACGGUGGACUUUGGGCGUAGAUAGACAAGCAAAUGAGCUCCAUUAGACCGACAUUUGUUUUGAUCUGUUCUCCAUUUAACGCGCACCACCGUCGUAACUAAGGGGAUUCGGGCUGUGUCUAUUUCUCUAAAAGCAGCUGAUUUCAGCAUGCUGUGUAACGUUGUUAAGUGAUCUUGACUUUGAACUGUAGAUUACAAACCCCGAGGUCAUGGUGUAACUGUGGCGACCCCCACUCGCACGUGUAUGGGGAGGAUGGAGAGCGACUGCCGGAUUCCAAUGAGCUGCCUGCGGCCGCGUAUCCUGGCCCUGCACGCUCUCUUCUGGGGACUGGUGUCUCUCAGAGUGUUUGGUGCAGCUCUGCUGAGUGAAGAGAAGGCCUCAGUGGCCAAGCCUGUUGGCACCCCCUGCUGGCUGGUUGAGGAGUUUGUGGUGGCUGCAGAGUGCUCGCAGUGUAAUGCCUUCCAGUCGAAGUCAUGGGCAGCAUGCACGCUGACUGGAUACGUGGAGAGGAUCAACUGCACCAAGUCCAACAGGGACGAGUACAAGAGCUGCCGGUCAUCCCUGCUGGAGGAGCACCUGUUCUGGAAGUUUGAGGGGGCGAUGCUGGGCCUGACUCUGCUCUCCGCCCUGGUGGUGGUGGUCCGCCAGCGCUCCCUGGACCGGCUGGCCUCCGAGAAGGUCCGCAGGCAGAUCGAGUCCAUCUAGAACCCGGAACCAGGACCAGAACCACCAGAGUCUCUCAGAGGGGGGGGGGGGGG